CAAUUCUGCCUGGGCUGAACUCUGUUCUGCCAGCGUAAAAUUCUUAAUUCUUUAACUGCGAAAUCAGUUGGUGCCACCAAGGAGAUCUGCUUUUUGACGUGAGGAAGAGAGUGCUGCUGCUCCAAAUUGAGACCAUCAUGUGAGCGAAGAUGAAACUUUACAGUGGAAGGUUAUUCGCUGUUAUUUCCAGAAGUGAGGCGUCCACGGAGCUGGCGGCGGCGGCGGAGGAGCGCGGCGGGCGGCUGCGGGCCGGGCGGCUGCGCGCCGCGCUGGAACAGGAGCGGCGGCUGGAGGAGGCCGUGCUGCGGGAGGAAGAGGCGCGAAGGGUCAGAGCGGCGCGGCGGGAGCGGGAGGAGGCGCUGGCGGCAGAGCUGGGCAGGCUGAGCCGCCAGAGGCUGACCCAGGAGAAGAUGAGGCAACAAGUGAGAGAGAACAGUCUUGAACUUCGAGAGUUAGAAAAAAAGCUAAAAUCAGCUUAUAUGAAUAAGGAGCGAGCUGCCCAGAUUGCUGAAAAAGAAGCUAUACAGUAUGAGAAAAUGAAACGUGAGGCUGAAAUAGCCCAAAAGAUGAAGGAAGAGUACGAAAGGCUAAUAAAAGAGGAAAGUUCUGCCAAACUGAGGCGAAACAAGGAGAAAAUAAUGUAUCAGCAAGAACUGGAGAAACAGCUUGAGGAGCAAGAGAGGAAGAAGCAGGAUGCUUACGAAGAGUUUCUAAGCGAGAAACUCAUGAUCGAUGAAAUUGUAAGAAAGAUCUAUGCGGAAGAUCAAAUGGAAAGACAACUGAAGUUAGAUAAAAUGAGAGCAACUCAGGCAUAUAUCGAGGAAUUUAAAAAAGAACAAGCUAACUGGAGGAGAAAGAAACAGGAAGAGAUGGAAGAAGAAAAUAGGAAAAUUAUGGAGUUUGCCAACAUUCAGCGACAAAGAGAAGAAGACUGGAUGGCUAAAGUUCGAGACACUGAGGAGAAAAAACAAAGAGUUCAAAGCAUGAUUGCCCAAAAUUUGGAAAGAGAACAACAGAAGCGUGAAGAACUGGAACAAAUCCGCCAGGAGCUGUAUCUGGAAGAGCAAGCGGAGACAGAAAGGAAGAAGGAGAUGGCAGAAAUUGAAAAGAGAAUAAGGCAACGCCUCAACUUAAGGCAAACAUAUGAAGAGCAGUUUGCUUUAAAGAACAUACUGCGACAAGCCAUGCGAGAAGAGGAAGAAGCCUUCAGACAACAGAUGUUGGCCAAGUUUGCAGAGGACGAUCACAUUGAGCAGAUGAAUGCUCAGAAACGAAGAAUGAAACAGCUUGAACACAGAAGGGCUGUGGAAAAACUUAUUGAAGACCGUCAGAAACAGUUUAUUGCCGAUAAAGAGCGUGAACUUGAAGAAAGACAGUUAGAGGAGAGAAGACAAGAAAACAUCCGUGCAAUUGUUGAAGAAGAGAGACAGAAACUCCUGAAAGAGCAUGCGUCGAAAUUACUGGGUUAUCUUCCUCGAUUGGGAAGCAAUCUACAAGAAUACCUUUUUUAUGAGGGGCUUUGGGCUCUACCGCAAUCUUGACAUAUUGAUAUAAGUACAGAACUUGCUGAAAGAUUCCACAGUGCUUUGCGCAUCCAGUUUUUGGGAUAUGGACUGUAAGUUCUAAAGCAGUGCUUUUUUAGCUGGAAAGGGCUCCACCAUAUCUUAAACCCCAUUUCCACCAAAUUUCUCAGUUGGGGUUUUGGGAGAAAUUUCUUAAGAGUGUUGCCUGCCUUCUAAGUCUUCUGUUACCAUGGAAAUGAGGCCGCGUCUCUGUUGCAGUACAAUAAAGUGCAGUGCUUACAGAAGCAUUUCAAAGCUCAAUCUGUUCAUCCUGGUGUUUUUAAAAGUUAAAAAGAUGGAAGCAAUUAUUAUAAUAGGAAUAAACUACAAAUUAUUUUUGUAUUGCAUUUCAAAACUGGAAAGGUCACCUGAUGGUACACAAAUGAACGGAGAGCUGCUUUAAGGAUGUACAAAUGCAUUUACUGUUGGGAAGGAAUUAUCCAACUAUUUAAAGAAAUUCUUUUCUGCAAUCCUGGAAAACACUGUAAAUGUAGCAGGGUAUAAUUUUUAUUCAAAUAUUAAUAUGCUAAUUGGGUGCAUGAAUUUGUAAAAU